AUGCAUCUUGUCGACGACGUUGCGGUACCAAGACGGCAAGGGCCCAACAAUCCCAUCUGCUGGGCACGGCAUCUGGCUGACCUGUCAACCGUGCCGAGAACGCUGGGCGCUGUAUGCGGAGGCGCUAUCGUGGAUAAGACGGCACUGCUGCUGCUCAUGAUGAUGAUACCAACCUAUGACCUUGGAAACCUGGCAGAGAAAGUAGGUGACGACGUCAGCUAUCAACACACAUUCGACACUUUGUCGAUGGACAAUCGCCUGCAUAAAUUUCUUUUCGGCCCCCGAGCGCGGUUACGUGGCAGAAGGCGUCAAAGAGCGUGCUAA